GUAUGUACACACACAAUACAGGUAUGUACACACACAAUACAGGUAUGUACACACUUACAUAAUACAGGUGUUUACACACUUACACAAUACAGGUGUUUAUACAUUUACACAAUACAGGUAUGUACACUCUUACACAAUACAGGUAUGUACACACUUACACAAUACAGGUAUGUACACACUUACACAAUACAGGUAUGUACACACACAAUACAGGUAUGUACACACUUACACAAUACAGGUGUUUACACACUUACACAAUACAGGUAUGUACACACUUACACAAUCCAGGUGUUUACACACUUACACAAUACAGGUAUUUAUCACGCCUCAGACACAAUUGUUGAAAUCUAAUUGGUCAGAUCUUGGUCACAUGAUGCCGUGAAAAAAACCGUAUCAUGCAAGUAAAAUCCGCAUUGGGCGAGUAAUUUUAUUUAUCGUCGGGUUCGACUUGCAGCCGUGUCAAAAUGGCGAAGCGAUUUGGACAGACGACUGCUACACAAAUAGACGAGAAAAGGCUAAAAGUGAAUUCAGAGAAUACACUUCGGUGUAAUGCAAAAGCGGCUAAGAUCCUUAGGGACUAUCUGAAGGAACAGGGCCAAAAUGAAGAAUUUGAGGCCUAUGAUACAGUCGGCUUGUCGGAAGUUCUGGGUCAUUUUUACUGUGACGCACGGAAACCGGAUGGGGAGAAGUAUAAAACAUCGUCUUUCGAGAACAUCAGACAUUCUCUAAACAGAUAUUUACGAUCUCCACCCUUUAACAAGCCGUUUGACAUCAUUAAGGACCCGGAGUUUGCAGAUGCCAACCAAAACUUCAAAGCUGUGAUGGCAGAACUGAAACGAGAGGGUCUUGGCACUGUUACCCACCAUGCUGUCAUUUCGGAGCCAGAUCGGGAAAAGCUGUACACAUCCAUUCAUCUUAGUCCAACGACACCGUGUGGUCUCCUGAAUAAAGUUCAGUUUGAUAUUCGGCUGUAUUUCUUCAGAAGAGGCUGUGAAAAUAUGCAUACCAUGACAAAGCAGACAUUUGUUGUAAAGCGGGAUCCAAAGUCGGGCCAGAAGUUUGUGACUAAAUGCAUGGACGAGAUGACGAAAAAUCAUAGAGAGAACGACAAAGAAAACAUAACUCCUAUUAUGCCCGAGAUAACAGACUCUGCGUAUUGUCCAGUAUCAAGCUACGAACUCUACAUCAGUAAAUUGAAUCCUGAUCUUGAUCGGCUCUGGCAGCGCCCUCUGUCAACUUUCUCAGAAAAUGAUGAUGUUUGGUACGCAAAGGUACCUGUGGGACAGAAAGUACUCGGAGCAUUCAUGUCAGAAAUGAGCAAAUCUUGCGAAUUAAGUCAAGUUUACACCAAUCACUCGAUACGAGCUACUGGGGCUACGGUUCUGUCAAAGGGGAUGUUUGGCCCUGCUCAAAUUAUGGCAGUAACAGGCCACAAAUCUGUGCAAUCCCUUAGUGUAUAUCAACGUGUUGAUGAUGAGGAAAAAAUUCAAAUGGUUAAAACCUUGAGUGAAUCAUUAGUGCCAACACUAAAAAAUCAGCUGGCUCUACCUCCAUGUGAUGUAAGUCGCCCAGCCAUACAGUCGUGUUCAUCCCUGAAACAGUUACCAGUAGCUACCACAAGUGCAGCGGGUCAUUUAGUUGGUGUCGAUAUCGGUGCUCUCCUUGACGAUUUUGGAAGCACAGACAUGUCCAACACAACCACCAUGCAAACAAGCCAAACAAAUCCAACCAUUUUCAACAACUGUACCUUUACAAUAAAUUUUAAGAUUUAAACUUGGUUACCAUAGUAACAAUGUGAUCAGUGUUCCUACACAGGCCAUUCUCUUGUUUACCAUGUUAUUGUUACUUUUUUCAAAUACUUUUACACUUGUUGACAUUGUUGAAUUUCCUUAUCAAAAAUAUUAAAAAAUAAUUCAGAA